GCAAUCUUCAAAUCUCUCAAUUAUUGGAUAUUUCUCCAAUUUUGGAGAUAAAACUUCGUACUGCAAAUAUUCCCACAUUUUCUUUACCAGUAUCAGUUCCAUCAUCAUCACAAAAAACUUCUCAUCAAUCAUUUAUUGAAAUUGAUGAAGAAAUUACUAUACUUUUUGAAGGUGGAAAAGUUGUCAGCAUUGAUGGAAAAAGUUUAUGGACGGUAUUAAGAAUAUGUGUUAAUUCUGGUAAUAUUGGAAUUCCUGAUACUCCUACAACAACUGGUGGUUCUACUUCAUUCGCAUAUAAGAAAUGGCAUUUUGAAGGUCAGGAGGCUGUUUUAGAUGUUGUAAGUUGUGGUCCAUCAAUAUCACGCAUCCUUGAUCAAUCUUUAUCAACAUCGGCAUCCACAGCUUUAUUUCCUUUUCAAGCUACUGCUCGUUAUAUAGCUGUUGGAUCUAAUCCUAUGCUAUCAUAUUACGCAACUACUGACUCAAGUCGACCUUUUUAUCUGGCUGUAUCAAUUGCGAGCAUGGUUGCCUCUAAAGUUACGAAUGCUGUAUUCUCUCUUGCAAAAACAUUAUUAACUGCAACAGGAACUAUUCAAACUGCGGGUUCUGAUGGUGGUUCACCUAUGGCAAAUAUCGCGCCUGCCACAUCUAUACCUUUGGUAUUGUCUUUAAAAGAUACUAAUAGAAAAAUAACAAAGAUAAUGAUGUCUCCUGCCGCUGCGGAUGGAAAAUAUCAACUAGCUGCUCUAACCGAUUCUUUGGGCAGGGUCACUCUUGUAGAUGUUGAAGAAUGUGAAAUCAUUGCAAUGUUCAAAGGAAUUCGUAAUGCUCAAUGUGGAUGGGUAGAGGCAAUGGAUGAGAAUGAACCUGAGGAUGAUUGUACAAGUCCUAAUCCGAAACAUAAAAAACGAUCAGCUUCUAAACGUAUAACGCUGUUUCUUGUAAUAUAUUCUCCAAUACGAGGGGUUGUAGAAAUUCAUCAUAUGCGUCAUGGAACUCGUAUCGGUAAUUUUUCGAUUGGUCAAGGUUGGAAUUUAAUUACAACUGCUUCUGCACCACUUGGAACUAGCAUGGGUGCUGGGCGAAGUUUUUAUGAACGUGGAGGUAGACGUGGAUAUAGAAACGCUGGUUUGGCAAAAUGUUUCUUGAUUGGUCCACAGGGUGAAAUUAAAAGAGUUCAUGUACCAUUUGAAUGUGCGGUCAAAAAGCCUGUUAAUCUUGUUAAUGUAUUUAAAAAUCUAUUAAAUAAAUAUGAAUCAGCAUCUUUAGAACAUAAAGAUUCUCUUUCACAAGAAUUAAUGACAACUCUUGAUCAAAUGAAUGAUCCAAAGAUGAAAUUAGAUGCACUGAUGUCACUUCCUGAUACACUACCUCCAACGUUCCACUUGCUUGCUACACAAUCUUCGAUUGACUGUAUGGGAACGUUGGAUUCUUUUGAUUUUUUGGAAUUCAUACAUGAUGUACGUGACCAAGUAACACAACAUACUGAUCAAGCAAGCAUGAAGCUUGUUCGAUUAAAAAUGGUUUUACGCGAGAAUUUGUUACAUAUUUAUCAAACACUAGAAGGAUGGAAUGUUGAAACUUGUAAUCCAAAAGAUUACACUGCCAUUUAUAAAGGAAAUCGUGGAAAUGUUGAAGGUGUAUUUCUGCAAACUAUAAAUUCAAUAUUUGGUGACAUUCUUUAUAAUAAAGAGAUGAUAAUUGAAAAAGAUGCAAAAGGAAUUGGUCCUAGUUCAUUUAUGUCCCCUUUUAUGCUAAAAAGUUUUGACAACAUAGCGGAUGAUGGAGUGUUUUUAGUAUUAGAUACUAAUAUGGAUGAAAAGAAAAAGGUUCAAUUAGGUGAGGUGGAUUUUUUGUUUACUCCGUUAAUUAUAUCAACAACUCCACAAGAAUGGAUUGAAACAGUUAGAAAGCGCAUUCCGAUAUCAUCCAUUGAAUGGCUUGAUAUUUUCAUGAUUUGGUUUAAACACACUAGUCUAUCUUCAUUAAUCACUUCGAUUUUAAAGUCUAAGGAAUCAGAUUCCAACUUUUCAUCUUUGAUUCUAAAUGAUUUUUCAAACUCAAGUGACGAUAAAGGUGUACUUGAUAAAAUUACAUUCUUUUGUCAGAAUUCUUUUCAGAUAGGACAUUGCUUGUUAUUAGCUCUUGCUUUUCAGAAUUUGCCAUCCAAGGCGUCUAAUGUAUAUAAAGGGUUCGAUUGGAACUCAUUAAUAACAAACCUAAAAUCCUGUUUGAAUUUGGUGAAAGAUAUUGAUCCAGGAAUAAUUAUUGAAAUUGGAUUGUCUGCUUCUAAUUUAAAUAAGUCGGAGAAAACUAGUUCAACUCGAAUUUCUUCAUUGAAUGGAUUAAAACUUACUGGAAAUUAUCAACUUGAAGAAAAGGAAUCAGAUAUAGGAAAUGUAUCUCAACCAGAUAUAUCACGUUUACUUGAAUUUGCAGUUAGCCAAGCAAAGAAAAUUAAUAAGCCAUCACUCAAAAACGCGUUUUUGUAUCUAAUAUGGCAUAAAAUAUGCCGAGAACAAGCAAGUUCUAUAAUGACAUUGGUUGAGAAAGCGCGUAAAGCACCCAAAGAUCAAUUAUGCGUUAAAAAUUGUGGAACCUCGCACGAAACGAUAGAAUUAUUUCUGUCUUGUUUAAAAAUUUUAUUUGAAUCAUUCGUAUGGGAACCGAAUAAGUCUCUAUAUAUUAAUGAUAUUUUAGAAGUUGUUGAACCUAUUAUUGAAUUACCGUCAGAUGUUACUCAAGAUAGGAAUCAAUAUUUGAAUGAUGCAUUUGGUACAAUGAUUGAAGAAUUUAUGAUAAUAAAGAAUUCGGCGGAUAAUAAAAUACUUUCCAGGAAUCUGGUGGAUCAGCAUUUAAUUUUAAUUCAAGUUUUAUUACUGAUAUUUAAAAUUGAAGUUCGAAUGGUCAGACCGUCAAAAUUGUUCGAUCCAGGUACAUCGUUUUUCACUCAUUUAUUUAUAGAAAUAAGUGACAUAAAAACUAUAACUUCUAAUCAAAGAAUAAUGGAAGAACGAAUGAUAUUCAUAAAGAAAUUGAUCGAAAAGUCAUCAAAUUUUUAUUCAGAAAUUUUAUUAUUAGCAGAUAAAUUUGGAUUAAACCAGAAUGAGAUAAAAGAAAUUUGGCAAAAUAAGUAUGGAAUGGUUAAUAUUUAA